AUCUUAGUAGCGUUUCGAGUGACACAUGUACUUAAGUUAAAGGCAGUUUAUAAGCUCAAAUAAAGCUUUAUUGCUUACCAAGAUUUUGUUCUAAAGGAUUAUUAUUAAUGCCUUUAAAUUUUCAUUGAAGGUAAGAAUCAGAAAACGCUUUGUUCAAGCGUUGUUUAAUUAUUUAUUAAGAAGUAUGUCGAAUCGAGUACUAAAAAAGCUGCAAGGGGAGAAGGAUCUAGUGUCUACCCUAGGUAUUGACGGAUUAACUGAUUCAGACGACGCGAGUGCAAGUCAAGCAACCGCAGAAGGGGGUGCAAGAAGUAAGAGACAGAGACCAACAAAUCGAUUCGAAUUGUUAAACAGUGUGGAGCACUCUUUAUCUGACACUGAAGCAAAAGAAGAUGAUGAUAGAGAAAAUGAACCCUCUGGUGACCAGGAGAGAAAUAAACUGGAAAAGCAAGACUCAACUCAGAGCACAGAUAGUCUUAAGCGGAAGAAGAAGAAAAAGAAGAAGAAAAUGAAAAAUCAGAAAAGUACAGAAGAUAACUUGGAUGAUGCAGAAGAUGAAAUUGAUGCAAGUAUUCGGGAGGUAAAUAAAAUACUUGGGGAGCCAGAACAAGCUGCCAUCACAUGUUUAGUUUCUACUGGAGAGAAAUCACCUCAUGAGAAAAGUAUUCUUUCUGUAGACUAUAGGAACUUGAAUCCUGAGAAUGAAUUGAAGAAAAUAUUUGGUUCAAAAGUUAUACAAGCUGAGCAGGUUAAACGCAGAGGCCGAGGUAGAAGCCAUAGUCGAGCAAGUGUGUUAGUUAUUCCAAGAAACUGGCCUCAUGUAGGAAAACCAGGAAUUUCUAUGACAUUAGUUGAAACCAAAGGUGACAUCCAGUUCUUUACAUUUGAACAUAGUAAGCAGUACCAGACAGUUCAGUUUCAGUUUCUGGAUGCUGUUGAAAGUUUUAAUCCAGACAACAUUGUGAGUCUGUUGAAUAUGCAUCCGUAUCAUGUUGAUGCUCUAAUCCAGUUUAGUGACAUUUGUAAAAUGGGUGAAGACCUACAAAUGGCUGCUGAACUUAUAGGUGAGUCUACACUCUAUAAAGUUGUUUACUGCUACAUUACAUUUAUAUAA